UGUUAUUGCUUAUCUCAAAGAGCGCAAGGGGGCUGUGACGUUUCAGGCAAAGCCUAUUGGUGAGGGAGUUUCUAUGUGAGCUUUCUUAAAGAAGUGCUUCCUUUUUAAUCAUCAUACUGCGUGGGAAAGUAUACUGAACAUUUUUCUCUUAAGAGACCAGAAGAUUUACAUAAUUCUUCUGAUUCUAUGGAAAGAGAAGAAAUGCUGAUACAACAUUCUGUUAUGGCUGUAAGCUUUGCAUUUACCUGUACUGUGGAAAGUUAGUUUCCUGUUUUCUGAGAUGCAUUUCUCAGAAAAGGACGGUUUUGAAGAUGACUUCAAUAGCAGUGUUGUUGCUGUCCAUGAAAGGGUUCCUUCUGGAAUCUUGUCUCAGACUAUGAACUACGUAGGACAACUUGCAGGACAAGUCCUGGUUACUGUGAAGGAGCUGUACAAAGGCAUUAAUCAGGCAACCCUUUCAGGAUGCAUUGAUGUCAUUGUGGUCCGUCAACAGGAUGGUACAUACCAGUGUUCUCCUUUUCAUGUCCGAUUUGGGAAGCUUGGUGUAUUGCGCUCUAAAGAAAAAGUGAUUGAUAUAGAAAUUAAUGGCGAUGCUGUUGAUCUUCAUAUGAAACUGGGUGACAAUGGAGAAGCUUUCUUUGUACAAGAAACGGAGGAGGAAAAUGAAAAAGUUCCUGCAUAUUUAGCAACAUCUCCAAUACCCACUGAAGACCAGUUUUUUAAAGACACUGACAAUCAUUUGAAAUCAGGUGAAAAUGAGAGGACAUGUGCAAACUCAGAAAUUCCACACUCUGUGGAAACAGAGACUGUAUUCACCCCAGGUUCUGUGAAAAAGAAAAAAAGAAGAAGAAAGAAAUACAAACAGGAUAGCAGGAAGGAAGAUCAGAUCUCUUCUACUGGGACUGAAGAGAUUUUUGAAAUGGAAAUAAGCUCAGAUGAUGAAAAAAGUGUUCAACCCCUAAGAGGAUCAUCAAAUUCAUCACCAAAGGGUGAAGAGCAAAAAGAAUCUUUGAUUUAUCACUCGAAGGAUCAUUACCCCUUAUCUGAUGGAGACUGGUCCCCUCUGGAGAACCCUUUCUCUGAGCCAGUCUGCCCUAAAAGUGAUUCAGAACUAGAAGUUAAACCAGCUGAGAGUUUGCUCAGAUCUGAAUCUCACAUGGAAUGGACAUGGGGAGGAUUCCCAGAAUCAACCAAGAUAAGCAAGAAAGAGAAACUGGAACAUCCCAGAACAGCUACCAUUACUCCCUCAGAGAAGACUCAUUUUAGGGUCAUCCUCAGCUCUGAUGAAGUUGAAGAUGAUGAUGAUGUGAAAGAUUCUGUCUGUACAGUACUGAAACCUGAGCCAAGAACUCAUCCUCUACUUAAGCAGAUGGAUGUUAAAGAUUCUCUUGCUUCUGCAAUCACAGAACCGCAAGAUCCAUUGCCAUUAGAUGCUGAUCAUCAUUCCAGACUAUUGGUGGACCCUUUACCAGAAACAAAGCCAAUAGCAAAAAUCGACUCUCCUUCAAAAAAGAAAGGUGUGCACAAGCGAAGUCAUCAUCAGGGGCCUGACGAUAUUUACUUGGAGGACCUAAAGGCUUUGGAACCUGAAGUUGCAGCACUCUACUUUCCCAAGAGUGAUUCUGAUCCAGGCUUCAGACAGUGGACAGAGUCAGAUACCCUUUCUGGUUCCCAGUCACCCCAGUCAGUGGGAAGUGCUGCUGCUGACAGUGGUACAGAGUGCAUGUCUGAUUCUGCUAUGGACUUGCCUGAUGUUACGCUUUCACUUUGUGGAGGUCUCAAUGAAAACGGAGAGAUUUCUAAAGAAAAAUUCAUGGAACAUAUUAUUACUUAUCAUGAAUUUGCUGAAAACCCUGGACUCAUAGACAAUCCUAAUUUGGUAAUAAGGAUUUAUAACAGGUAUUAUAACUGGGCGUUGGCUGCUCCAAUGAUUCUGAGUUUGCAGGUGUUUCAGAAGAGUUUGCCUAAGGCUACUGUUGAGUCUUGGGUCAAAGAAAAGAUGCCAAAGAAGUCUGGCAGGUGGUGGUUCUGGCGCAAGAGAGAAAGCAUGACUAAACAGAUACCGGAGGCAAAAGAGGGGAAAAGUGAGACACAAAGAGCAAAUGAACUGCCAGCAACUAUAAAAGAGCAAGUUAAUAGUAGACCUCCGGAAGAUGACUCUUCUAGUGACGAAGCAUCACAGGAGUUGAAGGAAUCCCUGAAAAUAGAUUCUGCCCCAGUAGAGCAUCCAACCCAUGGGAACGUUACUUCUUAUAAGAAGUCACUUAGACUGUCUUCAGACCAAAUAGCAAAGUUGAAGCUCAGAGAUGGCCCUAAUGAUGUUGUUUUUAGUAUUACAACCCAGUAUCAAGGGACUUGCCGUUGUGCAGGAACAAUAUAUCUCUGGAACUGGAAUGAUAAAAUCAUCAUAUCAGACAUUGAUGGAACAAUAACCAAGUCUGAUGCUUUAGGACAGAUCCUCCCUCAGCUUGGCAAGGACUGGACUCAUCAGGGCAUUGCAAAACUCUACCAUUCCAUAAAUGAAAAUGGCUACAAGUUUCUGUAUUGUUCUGCCCGUGCCAUUGGGAUGGCAGAUAUGACCAGAGGAUACCUACACUGGGUGAAUGACAAAGGAACAAUUCUCCCCAGGGGCCCUCUCAUGUUGUCCCCCAGCAGUUUGUUUUCUGCUUUGCACAGGGAAGUAAUAGAAAAGAAGCCUGAAAAGUUCAAAAUCGAAUGUUUGAAUGAUAUCAAGAAUUUGUUUGCUCCCAGUAAACAGCCUUUCUAUGCUGCUUUUGGAAACAGGCCCAAUGAUGUGUAUGCCUACAUGCAAGUGGGAGUUCCAGACUGCAGAAUAUUUACUGUGAAUCCAAAGGGUGAACUGAUCCAAGAACGGACUAAGGGAAACAAAUCUUCGUAUUACAGACUAAGUGAGCUUGUGGAACAUGUGUUCCCAUUGCUUAAUAAAGAACAGAGUUCUGCAUUUCCAUGCCCAGAAUUCAGCUCCUUUUGCUAUUGGAGAGAGCCUCUUCCUGACCUUAACAUGGACGACCUGGCCUGAAAAAUACUCACCUAGAGAUGGAAUUUCAUAUUCAGCUACUCAACUUCAGUUUAAAUGUGAAGAACUUUCUUAAUGAAGAUGCUAAUUUAUAUACUGGUACCGUAAGUCUUACUAAAGAAAACACUUUAACUCUGUUGGUUUAAAACAAAGAAAAUGCAAAACUACUGUCUAUUUUUUUGUGUGUGGCGUUUGGUUUUUUGUUUGUUUGUUUCUUUAUUCCUUGUCUUGAUAUAUCUGUUCUAAGGCACUUGAGAUUGGCCUGUCAUUGAUGGUCAUGGUACCCAAGUGCUUCAAGGCAACUAAACGCUGAGGUAAACUAUGACUUUGCAUUUUCAUCAAUACAGACCUUAUUGUAAACACAGAUUUUUAUUUUUCUUUUGGUGUUAGUCUUAAUAGUAUAUUUUCUAAAAUGAAGCCAAAAAGUAUAUGGAAACUGCCAAAUAGAAUGUCAGACCUAUUCACAAAAAACGUGGUCUAAUGUUCAGAUGGGCAAUUAGGCCAUUUUUUAAAGGAGCCAGAACCUAAGACCAGUGUGCUCUUUCUCAGCUAAAAUACAGAAAAUGUAUAGACGUUACUAGCCUGACAGAAUCUGAAGACAUAAAAUGCCUCUUCAAAUGUAAAUAUGCCUUUUGUCACAUAUACAAGACUGCUUUUACGAUUCAUGCGCAAACUAACCCUGCUUAUUCCUUUUUUUACAUGAAAUGUUUAAACUGUUUCAUGAGCUUGUUAAAAUGAAAGUUGUCUUCAGAUACUUAUGUGGCUUUUGUUGUUUUCAGGCUGUACUAUGUCAUGUGAAAUUUCCACCAAGAAAAAUACGGAACAUUUCUGUAAGAGUUGGGGAGCUGGCAUUUUUCUUUCCUUUUUCAGCAUGUGUGUAUGCUGUGUAGGCCAGUAAAGUGUAUGUACAGAUUAUAUUCAGGGAAUUGUAAUACUAAAAAAUUAUGUAUUUAAUUUUUUAAUUGUCUACUGCAGGUCUUUCCAGAAUUCUGUAUUGCAGGUUUUCAGUAGCUGGAAGGAAAGGCAGCUCAAUAGUGAGAUUCCAGGUAUGAGAACGGUUAAAUGCUGCAGAGCAGAAUAAACCCUUUUUUUUUUCUUGAUUUUUUUUUUUUUUUUUUUUUUUUUUUUUUUUUAAGUUUUGUGCUAUUCAUAAACAUCAUGCUGGUCAUUCCUCAGGUUCAGAUCAGAGCCUGUGAACAAACUGCAUUCCAAGUCUAGUGUUUAUCAGCUGUAAAAGCAGCUAGCGUUUCUCUCUCCAAAAAUACUUGAAGGCAAAGGUUGUUCUGCUUUUUAAGCUGAGUUAGUGCAUUUAACCUCCUUCAGACAAAUCUAUGGUGAGAACGUAUUAUUCCACCAGUCCAGAGUGCUUAGGGACUACAGUCAUUUAAACGUCAAUCCUGGGCUUUCUGGGCAUAGUCUGUCACUCCUUCAGUUCCUGGGGCCCUGCAUCCCGGGUCCUCCCAGGGGCACUCCAGGCUGGGGCAGCUCUCCCGGGGGCAGCUCCGGGGAGCAGGGGUGUGCACAGGGAGGUGCAAGGGACCUCUAGAAGGCGUUUGUACGGCUUAGCUGCCCCGGUGCCUGCGCCAGGGCUGCUCUGCCGGGGAGCAGCUCGGGCAGGCCCUUCUGCUUCAGCUGACUUGGGCUGAACGGAGGAAAGGAGCUCUCUGUUUCACUGCUUGCAGAAAACCCCCACAUUUAGAGGUUUUUACACCCCCACCAGGAAUGUUUUUCUUUAUCAAGCUGAGUUGUCUUAACCCACAGUUCUGAUGUAACACCAGCUAAUGCUAGAUAAUUGGUGAAUUGCUUGGGGGGUAAUUUUUAGAUCACUAUAUAAAUGAAAUAAUUUCCUCCCCCCAUUAUAAAAUUCUAGUGUAUUGUGUUUAUAAAAUAUUAAAGAAUGGAGCAAGCAAAACCAACGUGGAACCUCUCUUUGAAAGCAGGAGUAGGAGUGGGAAAGAAAAAACAUACCUAUCUGUCAUGGUGUGAAUUGAGACAUCCUUGUUUUGUGCAGUGAGAACAAUACUUCCUGUGACUGUUUCAGCAAAUUCUUGGUUCUGUUACCAAUUUGCUCAGUGUUCAAGUGGAUUUCAGAGGAUUCAGCUCAAAGGAUAUUUUGCUCUUACUGCUUUUUUUUUGCCCCCUUUUUUUUUUUACUGUCAGAAGCUUAAAAACAUUGUUCCAUGGGGUUUUUUCUUACCUUUUAUCCCAUAGAUUUCAUGAGAAACUGAAACUUUCAUCAUCACCAAGUGCUUUGAAUAUCAAUGGAAUUUGAGCUUUUGAGUCAUUUAGCUACUUUAAAUAGGAAUCCAACAUAAUAAAGUAUUUUAAUUACAAGAUGAAAUACUCUAUCUAAAGUUUCUAUUUUACAUAAAAAGUGUGAAUCUGCCCCUCCUAAAACAGUGGAUGUCAAAAUUUUUUGUAUCAUGCUUAACUUAUUCUUGGUGGCCCUGGUAUUACACGGGUUUUUCUAAAAAUAAAAGCACUUCAUGAAACUGAGAUGAGUUUCCAAAUGGGAGAGAUUGUUACCAAGGUUUGUCAGUAUCUUUCCUGGUUCAUUUUUUUCUCUUCACUUCAGUUCCAUUCAUCUUUUCAGAUUGUCAUAAAGGCAAGAUGUGGAUUUUAAGGUGGGGACUUGCAUAAAUGAGCAGUGUGGAAAAAUAGUAUCAGGUGUAUCCCCAAACGAAUGUGAUUUAAGCUGGUAUGAAUAUGGGGAUUGUGUGGUUUUAGAGAGCUCCUCGUUCUGCUAACCUGUUAUUUUGUAUUAUAGGGACGUCCAAGUUGCUUAGUUAAAAAUUUUGCUUUUUUUUGCUCUGUAACAGCUACACUUUUGAUAUUUGCUUUUUGAUAAAAUGUAAAAGUGUUCUUGAGUAUUUCUGAUAUGAGUAGAGUGGGGUUUUGUUUUGUUUUUCUAAAUCUGGCUUGUAUUUGAAGCUUUUCAGAUUGUUUGUUAACCCUGUUUAGGGACAGCAUAUGGGCGCACUGUACCUGUCAUUGCAUACCCAUGUAAUUUGGACUGCUGGGCACUUUACUGACUCUAGAAAAGACAUCUCAUUACUAUCAACCUGUAGGCUUGUGCUGCGAUAUUAAUAUGAAUUGGGGUAAAUAAGAAUUAUGCAUUAGCCUGUCCUUUGUUACCUUAGUUGAGAGAAGUGGCCUGAAACUGAUGUUUGAGAACAAGUUGUGCUGUACUUAUUUAAAAUUAGCGCAAGCUAAAUCAUUCUUUCUGUGAAAGAGGAACUUUUAAGUGUGUAUGCCUGGAGGCACAUGCACACCCCUGUUAAGACUGUGUUGUUGAAGAUGCAGAUCCUCUUAGCAUUGGAACCAUGUCAAAGGCUGAGUCAAUGAUACCUGUCUGGAAAUAAAUAAGGAACAUUGCAAUUCAAAACUUGUUAGUGACUUGGACAUUACCCAUUUCUAUAAUGAUUUAAAGAUCAGUAACUUAAGUGGUACACAUUUCUGGAUAUUUCUUUUUUAUUUUUACUGUACCAAGCAUGUUUGUACUUCGGAAGGUUGGGCUCUCAUCCCUAACAGUAUACAAUUGCAUGUGCAAUCUUGGCUCACGUAUCUUAGCUUCCUGUCAUCAGUAUACUGAUCCUAAAACUUUUUUUUUUUUUUUCAACUGGAAAUGUUUUAAGAUUUAUGUCAACUCCAUUAUGGAACUUCUGAAGCCAACUCUGAAUCUGCUUAUGGUAAAGACAGAAGAGAUGAGAUUUCAUGUUAAUAUUUCAUACAAGUCUUCUAGAAAAUGCUGUCAUAUGAAUGAGAGUUGUUUAAAUAACUGUAAUGGAAAUUCAUAAUGAAACAUCAAAAAUACAUAGUGAAUUUGAGAUGCCUUUGAAGUGUCACUUUUGCCUGAAGAAGUUUUUGUUUCCAAAGUUAAAAUCUGCUGAACAGAAUGGAAUUGUUUUGGAUUUUUUUUACGGUGUUAAUUGCUUCCAAAUGAAAGUUAAAAGUUGGUUUAUUUUGAGGGUGGGAAAACUCUCUUCAAUCAUUUGUUUCAUUUUUAUGUUGAAGACGUGGAAUACUUGAUUGUUAAGCAACCCAAUCACUAAUAAGGUAGUGUGUUUAAAAUUGUCAAAUCUGUGAUCAUACCAACACAGUUGUUUUUGUUAAGACUGGACGAUCUUGGGUACAGUAACCCACACUUCAGUGCAAUGUUUAUUGAUGUUCAGAACAAUGUUAUCACAAUAAACAAAGUUAAACUAAAA